UUUCCAGUCUUUGGUCUAGCGUCGCCGUUCCUUGUUCCCUGAUUAGUCUUUGCUUGUUCGUUGCUUGCUUUCGGCCGCUUCACGCAUUGAGAGAGGGAGCGCGCAGAUUGGCCCUGCAGGUUGGAGCCUCUCAGAUCCCUUCGAAACCAUCACCUCCACUCUCCGUAUAAACAAAAAAGAAGAAGAGAUGCAUCUCAACCUCUUGCGGGCAUCCCUCGUGGCCCCGCUCUUGAGCCUGGUGGGCGCCGCGCUCGGUAUCGGGACAUUGACCGACGACGACCUGCGCAGUCUUCCCUCUCCCGGCCAGGACUUCGACAUUCACACCGGCAAGCUCCUGGCACCCAUCCUGAUCCCGCGCGUGCCCGGGACCGAAGGCCAGGCCAAGACGCAGAAGCACUUUGUCGACUUCUUCAAGACCAACCUGCCCGAGUGGGAGAUUCUAUGGCAGAACUCAACCUCCAAGACGCCGGCGACGGGCGACAAGGACAUUCCGUUUGCGAACCUCAUCUUGCGCCGCGACCCGCCGGGGUAUGCCGCCGGCGAGGUCGGGCGGCUGACGCUGGUGGCGCAUUACGACAGCAAGGUCGAGCCCAAGGACUUUAUCGGGGCGACGGACAGCGCGGCGCCGUGCGCGAUGCUGAUGCACGUCGCGAGGAGCAUCGACGGGGCGCUCAAGGCCAAAUGGGACGACAUGGCGGCGAGCGGCGGGCUGGAUGAUGAUUUGGAGCCGGGAAUUGGGGUGCAGAUUCUCUUGCUCGAUGGUGAGGAGGCUUUCGUGCGCUGGACGCAGACGGACUCGCUGUAUGGGGCAAGAUCUCUGGCUGAGACGUGGGAAUCGGAGUUCCAUCCUUCCAUGUCGACCUACAGGACGCCACUGCACUCCAUCAGCCUCUUCGUCCUCCUCGAUCUUCUCGGAUCACCCAAUCCCAGAGUGCCGUCCUACUUCUUGACCACCCACUGGGCGUACAGGAAAAUAGCAGCAUUAGAGAAGCGCAUGCGAGACCUGGGUCUGCUCGAGUCCAACUCCACCCACCCGUUUCUGCCGGACGCCGAGAAGCAUCCCAACCAGUUCGGCUACGGAGGCAUUGAAGACGACCAUAUCCCCUUCCUCAGGCGAGGCGUCGACAUCCUCCACCUGAUUCCCACGCCGUUCCCUGACGUGUGGCAUACAAUGGAGGAUGACGGCGAGCAUCUCGACAUGCCGACUGUGCUGGACUGGACGAAGCUGGUUCUGGCCUUUACGGCAGAGUGGAUGGACCUGUCGGGGCACUUCCCAAAGGCGGCUACGAAAGACAAGAGGAGCGAGACGAUGCUGGAGCCGAGCCAGAGGACAGAGUUAUGA